AUGCUCAAAAUAUCAAUACUGAAGGUUGAGAAUCCCUCCUGCAUCUGGGGUUGGACUUCUGGGGGUCCUGGGGCAGAUGACGCCAAAGAGUGCAAGGAUUUACAAAUGAGGUUAAAUCUUUUCAACAGCAAUGUCAGCUUGGAUGUCACGAAGAUGAAGCCCUCUUCCGUAGAGGAAGGACAGGUGUAUGUGGUGUACUGGUCCUCCCAGAAGUGCUGGUGCAGGGCAAAGGUGGAGGCUGUGUUCCCGGGCACAGUGGGAAGCGAGGUCAGAUGUCUGCUGGUCGACUAUGGGGAACAUCUCAUCGUCAGCUCCAAUGAUUUCCGCACCGCUCAACAGGAGUUCCUCAAGUUUCCUUUUUGGGCCAAGAGAUUCCAUCUGGCAGGAGUUAAACCGACAACCAUGCAUGUGUCCAUCUGUGAGGCGAAAGCAGGGCUUGUCCCAUCUAACAAGUGGGACAUCGCAGCAAUACGCUACUUUCACAACCUGCUGCAAGCUUCCACGCAGGCAGAGGCACUGAUGUGUGAGACCCAGGCCGAUUCCAUCGCCAUCGAGCUCUAUUUGUCCAUCAAGAACGUAAAGAUCUGUGUGAACGACGAUCUGGUUGUGAAGAGGUUUGCAUAUUACGUCGAGGAGGUGGCCUACUCAGAUUCCCAGAAGCACCGUCUAAAGUGGACCCCCGUCAUGUUUGCCUUUGAUGUCUUUUCCGACACGCAUUCGUUCCUGGCCUCCAAUGCCUGUGCUGGACGUGCCCUCCCACCCAUCCCACAUGGGACUGAGAAGAGGAGACUAUUUGAAGCAGGAAAGGAAGAUAUGCCGAUCUUCCUGUCGGGUCCACAGAUCAACCCAGAGAAUGCCCAGGGGUCAUCUGACAGAGUCAGGUCAGAUGUCGAGGAUAAACUGAAGCCUCUAGGCAACAAAAUGGCAACUGAUUCUGCAGACACCAAAAGGCUGCUGGCGUGGUUGAAUCCGGAGUCCCCAAACCCUGACUCAGAUGCAACAGAUGACGACGUGCACACUUUUAAUCCUGUAUCUUACAAAACCAUGGCCUCGAGAUCCAGCAAACAACCAAAAAAAGACAAUAACGUCACCAAAAAGGCAGACUUGCUAGCUAGUGGCACCGACAUGUCCACUCUGACUGCUUUGCUUGAAAACCUCAUAGUGACCAUAUCAGCCGAAUUUAAGUCAGCGUUUUCAACCUUCGAAGCAAAGCUGGAGACAAUUCAGACCACCGUCUUGGACCACGAGCAGCGAAUCGGCUCUCUCGAGCUAAACGCAGAAAUGAUUAGCCAGAGCACUCAAGCCUUAGAGACGAGGUGUGCAGACCUAGCUAGCAACAACGUUAAAUUGAAAGCCAAAGUUAUGGAUUUGGAGGGACGGAGCCGCGGAAACAACAUCCGCAUCAUUGGACUGCCAGAGUCAAUCAAGCAGCUGCAUCAUGGCACUGCCCAGAGUCAACCGAGGGGCCCCAGCCAAGAGUUUUCUUUUCUGAACUUCUGGUCAAGUUACUUGGCGACAAAGUUCUGGACCCAUUACCUUCAGUGUGGCCUGCUACAACUUAAGAUUCUGCAUAGAAUCCACUAUACCAAUGCUAGGUUAGCAAAGAUGUACCCCAACGACAGACAUAUUGAACCCAGCAAGGUCAGGAUACUGGUGCAUUCUGCCCUUCCCUUGGAGCCCUGCUCCAACUUGUGCGAUGCCCCGAUCACUAAGCCACUCCGAAAGGUCUUAAUAGAGGAGGGUUACUCUGGUCCCUCCAUGGCGGAGCGUUACUGUUGGUCAGCUGUGGCUCGAGGCUGUGACACCAUCCUCAUCUCCCACAGUGCAGAGCACCCCUUGAGUUACCUCCCCGCUCUCCUCACCAACCUGCAGCUGUCCUGUAGCAUUUCCACCCCCGCAUCUCUCACUGGGCCCAAGGCAGUGAUCCUGUGCCCUGGCUGGGAGAAGGCCCAGAUGUUGACUGACCAGCUGGAGAAGUGUAAAGUCAAGAAGAUCUUCCAACCCAUGACUGUAGUGCUGGGUGUGGCCAAGGAUGAGGCCAGGACCGUCAAGAUCCCCCAAAACUGCUUGGUACUAGUGACCACACCCUUCAGCCUGGUCCGUCUGCUGGUCCACCACUGCUUCCUGUUCCUGCGUCUGUGUCACCUGGUGUUAGACCAGGUGGACCAACUCUUCUCUCUGGCACCAGACCAGAUGACAACCAUCUUACAGCAUUUCCAGAAGGUUACGUCCAGCCAGAAGUUGGUCUGCCCGAGGCAGGUCAUUGCCGUUGGGAAACAGUGGGGCAGUUAUAUGGAGAACCUGCUGGCCGAUUACAUGUUCUCUCCCUGUGUUGUCAUCUCUGCGGCGGAGGAGGCUGCACUCUACGGGGGCGUCCACCAGGUUAUUCUCCACUCCCUGGAGAGAAACAAGAUGUCGGCUCUGUUGAAUGCGUUAGAUUUCAAACCUGCUGUUAGACAGAAGACCCUCAUAAUUACCAACUCUAUUGAGGAUGUUGAACUAGUGUUUAAGGCUUUGAGUAGCGCAUCAGCAUUCUGUCUGAAGACUCACCAAGGGUUAACACACCAGUUGGACAGCAUUGUUGAGAUGUGGAGGAAGAAUUCUGGCCCGGGCAUUCAAGUCAACUUGGUGACUACGCAGGGCUGUCUUGAAGCUCUUGGGAUCAGAGAUGCCACAUGUGUGGUUCACUACAGCUUUCCCACAUCCCCCAGACUGUUUGGCAGGCAGCUACUCUGUAUGGAGCAGAACUUCAGAAACCUCACCAACAAAAAUCAUGCCAAGAAUGGCUUCUCCCAACCUGCCAAGUCACUGCUGCUCAUCUCGGAGAGGAACGCACGUCAUGUGAUUGGAGUCCUGCGCUACCUUAGGAGAGCUGAGGCCCUGUUGCCCCCUGAGUUACUGUCCUUCUGCUCUGGGGUCUUUCAAGCCACGGAGAGGCAGAAGACCAACAGGCCAUUCUGCAGCUACCUUAAAAGCUUUGGAGUCUGCGGGGCCAUUGGUAUGUGUCCAGAUCGUCACUGUUUUGAUUCCCAACUGGAUCAGUCUCAUCUUCCGAGUUCAGGAAUGGUGGCAGUUCUGCCCCUCUCCAUAAAGACGGCCUCUGUCUACUGCGGUCGAAUCGUCAGGGAGGCUGAUGACUGUUUUGAGAGGCUGGCAUCAGAGAUGGCCUCCUACUAUGCCAAAGAGAGAUUGGCAGCCCAGGAGCUGGUGGAGGGAGGUCUAUAUGGUGUAAAAGAGGCGGGGAUGUAUCACAGGGUAAAGGUGACCUCUGUGCCAGACCAAGGUGAGCAGCUGUUUUCUCACGUCUCCGUGCUUUUUGUGGAUGAGGGCAGAAAGCAGAAGAUAAAGUCGUACCAGCUCCUCCAGCUGCCAGCCAAGUUUCACACUCUGCCCCCCCAGGCUGUGGAGAUUAUCCUCUGCAGAGUCAAACCUGUAGACUGUGAGCCCAAAUGGAACCCCAAGGUCACAAGGGCCAUCAGACAGAAAAUCGGGGGUUUGCUGCACAAAGCCAGAAUUGCUCUGAGCCUGGGAGACACCAUCUUUGUUGAAGCCAUGGUGCGAGUGAAUCGUGUUCCAGGUGUGAAGACGUUUAUCAACGAAUAUGACAUCCACUCAGAGAUCUUGAAGACAGGGAUGGGAACCAGCAACCCUCAGCAUCUGGACUUGCUCAGGGAGCUGUGUGAGGGCGGCAAGACCACAGAUGGCAAGGAAGCCAAUCAUAUCUCUCGUCUGCAGGAUCCUGUGUUGGCGAACCGUUUACAGCUCAUGAGCUUUUGGCCAACUGAGCUCUCUGGUCCAGGCAUAGCUGCAGAGCCAACCCAGCCUCUGACCAACUCAAAUGCUUCUGGCCCAGAUGCUCCUCAGUUCCAGCCGCAGGAAAUGAUUCAUCCAGUGACUAAACCAAAGCAAGGUAUGUCAAGCCACCUAGGCGACCUGAACCACCAGCAGUUCUACCACAAGUCCUCAAACCAGACAAGACAAAAACUGAAGCAGCAGAAACAAAGACUUUCUUUGGAAGCAAUACCAUGGUUCCCGGCUGCUGACAGGAUGAACUAUGCAAAGUACAUGCCAGUGUACAUAGCUGAGAUGAAAGCUCUUGAAAAAAGCCAACCAGAAUCCUACAGAUUCCUGAGAGAGGGAGGGUUUGUUGUGCGGCGCUCAGACAACAGAAACUUCAACUGUGUGGCAACUGAUCAAGCACUUGAACAAACUAUCAACAGAGAAGGAAAGAGUCAAGGAGGCAUUGUCGGCUUCACCCUACGAAAAGGAGCUCUGAAAAGAUGGCUCAUUACAAGACAUGUCACCAGUGAGUACCGCAAUGCAAUGAUAGAGCUUUGCGAUGGAGACACACAUACAGGUACACCAAAAUCCCACAAAGAGCAUGGAGCGGCCCGCAUGGACAGGGAUGAGAGGGAAAUAGCACAGAUAAUGGAGUUUGUACAAGACAGGCAGAACCCUUUUGAUUUGGAGAAAAUUCCUGAUGAGCUAAUCAACAUUGCAAGUGGACAAGUAGCAUCACAAAAAGUGACAAAAGAUCUCUCAAGCUUUCUGGAAUAUGGAGAAAAGGUAAAUACAGCCUUUAUAGAGGAACGACUAAAGAGCGAAAAACCAUUAAGUUUCUGGAACCCAGAGAAAAGACACAAAUUGGCAACAUUCACUGAUAUGAAAACAUGCAUUGCAACCAGUAAAUCUAUGAAGCUUCAAAUGGAUUCAGAUGUGCUCUUCAGGAGACUCCUGGCCGUAUCAAAACAAAGAGACGUGUCAUUGGAUAAUGUAAUGUCUCACGAGUUGGCGGCCGUUCCACCCUCUCUCUUCUAUGAUGAUGGAGAGAUGAGGAAAACCACAAAAGCUGAUCUAGCAAAGAAACUGGAGUCUGUAGUGGAGGUGAUGCAAGAGCUGCCUGAGAUCACAGCAAAAUCAGCGUAUAUCAUUGAUGGCAUGGCUCUGCUCCAAAGUCUUCCUGAUUCAGCUUUCCUGACUUUUAGUGACCUUGCUGAAUGCAUCCUCAAGAAGAUCUUGUCUCUUCUAAAGAAGCAAGAGAUAAAAUUUGUCGUCAUAGUCUUUGACAGAUAUGACAACCCACAGUCAAUAAAGAUCCUGGAGAGACAAAGGAGAGGAGCAACUGAUGGGCCCACACAUGUGAUCACAGGUGUGGUUGUCGAUAACAACCAAAGCAACAGUCAGCAGGUCCUCACCAUUGAUGAGCCACACAGUCUUGGCCUGCCAAAAAGUUUCCAUCCCCAAGUCAAGUGGUUCCAGAGGACAGACUUGGUGAUUGUCACUGUGAAGCUUUCCAACCCAGAGUCACAGCACUGUGACUUCUACCCCAACCGAGUGGUCUACAGCUGCAGAGUGAGUGGCAAGUUUUAUGAAGCUGACCUGGAGCUCCAUGGCACUAUUGCUGCUGAGUGCUGCUCCUGGGAAAUGAAGUGCAAUGAGCCUGUCCUGCGAUUGGUCAAGGAUCGACAGGGAUGCUGGGAAAGGCUCCUUAAACACAAGAAUCUUUUUGUAAGCUAUGACCUAGAGCACUGUGGGGAGGAUAAAGACGAAACCCCAAACGGGCGCUUCCUACGGGGAAUGACUCAAGGUGGGCGGUGCAGGUAUGCCGGUAUAGCUGACAGCAAUGGAGGAAGGUUUGAGAAUGGAUCUCCCCAAUCGUGCUUUAACAGCGACUGA